GCCUCCAGGAAGAUGAGUCCGUCCUUUCGGAACUAUCACCACGUGUUCGUUCUACAAUAUUCGGAGCCACGGAUUAUUUUCUUACCUCUGCGAGGGCGCCUAAUGCUCCAUUGGGAUCAACUUCACGUCGAACAGCACGCACAGAAACAACAGAUGUUUCGCAUAGAGAUCCGUCGAUUCAGGGCGACUUUAGAUUUGUUAGGACUGGAGCUCUGUAUUCGGAAGAUGCCCGUGCUGGACAAUCGAUCAACCGUGUUCAUCACGCCCAAUCGAUUUUAAACCACUUAAAGCCCGACAUUGAUACAGACUUGAUGGGUAUCAUCCAAGAAGAUAUGCCAGGUAAAUCACUUGAAGAUCUGCCGGAAGAGCUUGCGGAAGAGCUGUUGGAAGAGCAUGUAACUCUGGAAGUGAGAUUAUUACGUGCACAAAUGGCUUUGCCUCGAAUUUCAGAGCCAUACUGCAUACCCCAAGACAACUUCGAUCGCGUUGUCAAUGUUGAUACCAUUCUUGCCGAGCUUCAAAGAUGCGGGGUGACCCUCGCAGAAACAGAGCUUCACGAGAAAACAGUCGAGAUUUUCAAAUAUGCAAGAAAGCUAUUCGCUGCUUUGGUCUGUGAAGGCUUCGGAGAAUGCAUUCUGGACUUCUUGGAAGAAGGGUUGUGCGAUGAGGAUAUGCCGUUUGUGAGACUUGAGUUGGGUGGCUGGGAUCACCGUAGUCGUGGAGCGCCGUUCCCCAUACUUGAAAGUCGACGAUACAAAGGGAAGGCUCUGAAAUGUGUGGCAACGGGUAAGUGGACAAGAUACCAUUUAGCAAAUUUCAGCAGCCAACAGUGGUGGGUACUUGCACCUGAAGAACAAGAAAAAGCACGAGCAGAGGAACGUCAGAGAUGGGAGGAAUGAAGCUCAACAUUCAGCUACAGAAUCAAAGCAACACCAUGAGCGCCACUCAAUCACCCCCAGUGAAUCGAGCACAUUCGGCCCCUUGACCGCGUAUCGAAGGCAUGAUGGUUUCCGACUACUGCAUACGAGAUGCAGACUCGAAAGAAAAAAAAACCC